UUUUCUUCAUCUUUAACUCUGCAUCGUUGGAAAAGGACCCACCCUUUGGUUUCCUGUUAAGGGGGGUCAGAGAUAGAUCCACACCCCUGGGUGUGGAACCAUAGAGUACAGAGAAGAGUACAGGCCAAGUUCCAAUCAACCCAACUGGUGGAUCUAGGGAGGUUGGUCCAGCCCAGGCUCCAGGCUAUGUCUCCCUGGCUGUGGGACAGCUAUUCCAUACUGAGUUGAGAGGGACCUGCCUGGCUGGGGACUACAGGAACAGACAUGGGGCUGGGACAAUCCAACAAGGCUUCCGUCACCGAUGACACAGAGGAGGUCAAUUUUGACCACUUCCAGAUCCUAAGGGCUAUCGGGAAAGGAAGUUUCGGGAAGGUGUGCAUUGUGCAGAAGAAGGACACAAAGAAAAUGUACGCCAUGAAGUAUAUGAACAAACUGAAGUGUGUGGAACGGAACGAGGUCCGCAAUGUUUUCAAGGAGAUGCAGAUCAUGCGGAACCUCGAGCAUCCUUUCCUUGUCAACUUCUGGUACUCGUUCCAGGAUGAGGAGGACAUGUUUAUGGUAGUGGAUCUGUUGCUGGGAGGAGACCUGCGCUACCACCUCCAGCAGAACGUUCACUUCUCAGAGAGCACUGUCAAGCUGUACGUCUGUGAGAACGCCCUGGCGCUGGGCUACCUCCGCAGCAAACGCAUCAUCCACAGAGACAUCAAACCUGACAACAUUCUGUUGGACGAACACGGACAUUGUCACCUGACAGACUUCAACAUCGCUGCCAUCGUCAAAGACGAUCUAAGAGCCACGUCUCUCGCAGGGACCAAACCUUACAUGGCCCCCGAGCUGUUCCAGCCACACGAGGGAAUACACCCUGGCUACUCCUUCUCUGUGGACUGGUGGUCUCUGGGAGUCACUGCCUACGAGCUUCUGCGAGGACAGAGGCCGUACGUCAUGCGCUCCAGCACGCCGGCCAAUGAGAUCCUCCAGAUGUUCCACAAGGUCAACCCCAGCUACCCCAUAGCCUGGUCUGUGGAGAUGAAGACCAUGCUCAGAAAGUUGCUGUGUAUUGACGUGCACCAGCGUGUGUCCUGCCUGGCUGAGCUGCAGGAUUUAGACCUGCUGUCUGAUGUCAACUGGGACGCUGUGCUCAGCAAACAGCUGCCCCCCGGCUUCAUCCCCAACAGGCGGAGGCUCAACUGCGACCCCACCUUUGAGCUGGAGGAGAUGAUCCUGGAGUCCAAACCGCUGCACAAGAAAAAGAAAAGACUAGCCAGGAAGACCAGAGAACAGGGCUCCAAUGGGUCCCCCCAGAAUGGUCAGCUCCAGCAGCGCCUGAACAAUGUGGAGAGGGACUUCAUCAUCUUCAACAGAGAAAGGUCAAAGAAGGCUGUGGCAGACACAGAGGUAGCAGACCUCACCGCGACAGAGAAGAACAAGGCUAUCGAAGACGGACGGAACAACAACGUGGACCCGGCAGCCUACAUAUCAGGAUAGCGGACUAUGGCUUGAGCCGUAAGUCGCCACGCUAACCUGGCCACAGCUUGUAGAUCACUACUAACCAAUCGUCCACUUCCCCUCUCCCCUGGCCGGCGCAGGGCACUCAGAUUGAACUUUAACCCUGACACAUUCCCCCAACAGCCAGCUAUUAUGCCCAGACCCCAGACUUCAGGAGCUCACAUAGACUACUACUUUACAGAGUAGUUGACCUAGACAGACAGACAGACCCUGGCUUUUUUCACUUUUCCUAUGAUGGGGGACGUGCCUCUCAGGGGGCAGCCCUCCUCACACUCUACCCUGACCUGACCUGCCUGAUGCGCUAUGGUCCCCCAGAGCUCUCCUCCCUCCACCAAGUUAGCCAGGCCCAGGAAAUUACUUAACUACAAACCCAGCAGGGAGCAGAGCCAGACAGGUUACAGCCACUAUGCCUGUUAUGCUGAGGCUAGACUCAGGCCAGGCAGGAAAUGAAGCAUAAUGUUGACAAGUAGGAGACUACGUCUUUGAAAACAGUGCUGACUUGCUUUUGGAAGAGAGAGGGGUCAUGAGUAGCGUCAUACAAAAUGAAUUAGAAUUAGAGUAUGCGACAUGAGGCCUUUGUUUUCAAGACUCCAACCACAGAUUCCUCUUCGAAGACAAAGAGAACCACUGUAGGCUUGAGCGCUAACUGCUGAAAGUAAUAUGUCUCUGUGACAUUAUUAGGUAUCAAUGUGGCUCUCAAGCAAACCAAAAUGACUGGUGCUCGACAUGGGAUAUUUUGUACAUAAAUCUUCGUUGAUGAAUAGAUAGGUAUUGUCUGUUCCGGGCACAAACAUGAUUUGCGUACGCUUCUCCAUUAGUUGUAGCAUUUAUGCACAGAGGUCAAAGAGGAGUAGAUGAAUCCUCAUUCUCUUCUGGUUUUUAGAGGGGUACCAGUAGAGAAGAGUGGGGGAACUUGACCCAUUUGUUACAUUCAGCGUCAAGUCUGCCAAGGGAAACAUAGUGUUCUUUCCAAUAAAAAUAUCUACAUAUAUGUCAGGAUGUUGUGAAUCGCUGCAAAUAAUCCGAAUUCAUGUCAAACGUUAUACUUUUGAAAACAUAUAUUGUUAUAAAAAAAAAGUGUUCUCUUGGCACAACUUACCCCGGGGACUGGGGUCAGUGGAUCCCCGGGACAGGUUCAGCAAGUUAAGCCGCCUGCACAUUUCUGUGCUGAAUGAAAUAAUACAUAAUAAUUAUGCCUUGGGAAAAAAAACACUUCAAUUUGAUCGACUUACCCGAUGGCCAUUGGCUCAACUUACCCCAAGGCAAACAUUUGGACUAUUUUAUCCCACACAGCUUCAAGAAUGCACUUUCAUGCUAGGUUUAGGACAUCAUUAUUGAAGCAUAUACAGACCCCAACCCCAAAAUCUUUAUUUGGACAUAACUUGCUUACCACUUUUUUUCCCAUGUGGUUUCUUCCUCCACAGACUCCAUGAAACGAUGACUUCUUCCUAAAUAUUUGGCCAAAUGAAACAUUUUGUGUAUGGUUUCCCUAGAAACAAGGGUGGCUCAACUUACCCCACUCUCCCCUAUGUGCCUUCUAACUUGUAUAUAGCACAUACUGGGUUUCCCCGUGUAGAGAAUGAUCAUCACACAGUCAGUUUGUUACACUGUAAAUCACCGUCCUCUAGUCUAAUACGUGUCUUGGAAAGUAGCUUUGCCAUUAUUUUGACCCGAUCUGAAAUACAACUCAAAACUUAUCCAAGGCUUUUCCUGUCCUUAGUUAUCAGAUCUACUACUGGGACCUUUCUGACAACCCUUAUUGGUACAGACAUUCAAACUAGCAUUAGGUUUUCCAGACAUGUAUGUAAUUCAAUUGCACAAUGAAAGCAGAGUUGUACAAGGAGUGCUGCAUUUUGUUUGUCAUUUGUUGUUUUGUUGUCAAGCAGCUGGUGCCUUACUUUCGUACGUUUCUUUGGGACACCGACCUUUACCGCUGCUUUGUGCUUUUUAUUACCGCGCUGCUUCUAAACAGGCGGAAACACUGUUGAACGUUUCCUUUUACAUUCACAGGUGUUGCCUAACUAACUGCUCAUUGUGCGUAUUUAAUACAUCGCCAGAUAAAUGUGGCCUUUCGUGGAUUUGGCAACAAGUUGGAGGCAUUGGUUAAAAAGACCGAUAAAACAUAGUUGUGGAAGAGAAAAUAGUUGUAUUAGGCUCCUCCUGUGCAAACUGCCUUGGCGUAUACCGCAUAGGCACUUAGGGUAGAGCCUGUAUAUCUUUCAGUCCUAUUACCUGGAGCUGUGCCUCUCUAUAUGGUUUCUUAAAGGUCCAGUGCAGUCAAAAACACGAUUUCCCUGUGUAUAUAUUUCCACACUACGAGGUUGGAAUAAUACUGUGAAAUUGUGACAAUUAUGAUACGUCCCUUUUAGUGUAAGAGCGGUUUGAGAAGACCGCCUGAAAUGUCAUCCUUUUUUGGUGGGAUGGAGUUUUGGCCUUCCAUGGUGACAUCACCAUGAAGUAAAUUAGUUGAUAGACCAGUAAGAAAGAUUGUUCCCGAACCUCUCUGCCAAUAAUAGGUCAUUUUCAGUUUUCCCCCUCUCCAUUCAGAACACUCCAAGACCGUCCUAGCUAUAAUUCUUGCAUGAGAAAUUGAACUCCGCUAAGAAGCUAUUUUUGUUUCUUUUUGACUAUUUGAAAUGAAAACAAUCCCAGUAAGAUACUUAAUUGUUACCCCAAAAUUGAAAGGCUGCAUUGUACCUUUAAGGCUGGGGGCUGUAGUGGUUAUGGUGGGGAUUAAUCCUGUAGUUGUAGGCCUGUCUGGCUCUUCCUAGGGGGGAAGUCAAAAGCAUAUCAAUCACACUACUGACUCUGAGUGGGAAUCACCAUCUCCUGGAACACCCUCCUGACAUCAGAGAGAGAGAGAGAGAAGUUUGACACCUGCGUGCCCUCCAGAGAGAGAUGAUAGAAGGAGACUUUCUGGGUUAGAGAAGCGGGUUCGAAUCCCAUUGCCGACGGGGGAGAAUCUGGCAGGCGUGAGCUGGUAACCGGAGGGUUGCUGUCGUCAAUAUUACAGGUGCCAUAUACUGCCGGCUCAACCCCCUAAGUCUGCUCAUUGGAUGCUGCCCUCUGCUCCAGCCUCUCCAACCUAAUGUGUGUUUGUGUGUAUCUGUGUGUAUAUAUUGAAGGGGUUGGGUUAAUGCAGAAGACACAUUUCCGUUAACUAAUAAACUAUAUCUUAAAACAAUGUGAUGAGUUAGCCAGAGAAAUACCUCAGAGGGUUAAAUGCUAGACCUGUUUUUGAUAAUGUGUGGUGUUGGUUUUCUGAUUAGCAGCAACAGGAGACUAGAGGGAAUACUAUAUAAUUAAUGAUGGCAGAUAAAUAGACAAAUCCAUUACAAAUUGGUUUCAAACAAGCCUUUUCCUCCAUGCUUCGUGUGUGGUUGAUUUUCUAUGAUAAACUACAAUGGAACACUGCCACCUAGUGUGUGUUAGUGGUAGUGCUCCUGUGUACUUAAAGGCCCAGUGCAGUCAAAAUGGGAUUAAUCUGUGUUUUAUAACACUUUGAGAUUGGAAUAAUAAUGUGAAAUUGUGAAAAUUAUGAUAAUGCACUUUUAGUGUAAGCACUGUUUGAAAAGACUGCCUGAAAUUUCAGUCUGUUUUUGUGGGAUGGAGUCUUGGCCUUCCAUGGUGACAUCACCAUGCGGUAAAAUUAGUUAAUAGACCAAUAAGAAAGAGAGUUACAAACCUCUCUACCAAUAACAGCAAAUGUUCAGUUUCCCCUCCCCAAACAGACCAAAUACAAUGUCUACAAAUAUCCUUUCACAUUUAUUUAUUUAUGUCUGUGCUAAUCCAAGUAAUGUAUUUAAAAUAAAGUUGAGGAUUAAAACGGG